AUGGGAAGAAACCUCAUUUCCACUUUCCUCAUUCUUUCCUUCGCUCUCUCUCUCUCUCUCUCCUCCUCCUCCUCCUCGCCCUUUUUUUAUCCCAUCUUUUCUUUCCCUACCUUGCUUCUCUCAUUCUAUCCCUCACUCUGUCUUUUCUCUUUUCUCUCUCUAUUCUUUCCUUUUUACAUCCGCCUCUUUAAUUUUCUUCUUUUUCUUUAUUUCCCACUUUCUACUUUUCUUUCUUUCCCUUUUGCACUCUCUCCCUCUCUCUAUUUUUUCUACCAUUCUCUUUCCUUUCGCCCCAUCCUUUUUCUCCUCAUACUUCUCUCCUACGCACCUUACCUCAUUCUCUCUAUCUUUUGUCUCGUCUCUUGUUCGUCCUUUCUUUUCUUUUUAUUUAUUUCCUCUCUCUCUUCACCUUCAAGCUUUCACUCUUUCUAUUUCAUUCUCUCUCUUUGCUUUCCUUUUCUCUGUUUUCGUUUCUUUUCUUCUUCUUCUUCUUCACUUUCUCUCUUCUUUCUUCCCCUACAUCCCCUAUACUCCUUUUUCGUCUUCUAUAUUCCCCGUUUUUUUACCUUGUUUUAUAUAGAUUUAUCUUCUCCAUUCUAUUCUCGCCCUUUUUCUCUUUCUCUUUCUUCCUCUAUUUUCUCCCUCUAUCUCUCUCUUCCUACUAAUUUCACACGUUUUCUUUCUCACUUACAUAUAGCUACUUCUCGUUUUUCAGCUCCUCUUUUUUUUUCGCUACAUCACCUUCUCCUUUUCUCUGUCUGUUAUUUUCUAUUUCACUUGCUCUCUCUCCUUUUUUCUCUUUUCUUUCCAUUUCUUUCAACGCUUACCUCAUUUAUUUAUUUCGUCCCCGUUUAUUUUUGUUUCUCUCCCUAUCUCCCCUCACUUCCUUUCUAUAUCUAUUUCUUUUCUUUUUUUUACAAUGUGUCUUUCUUUUAUUUCUGUAUUUCCUCAUACAAAUUUCCUCUCAUUCUUUUUUUUUAUUUCAUGAUCUCCCCCUCUCCUCCGUUUAACCUCUUUUGUAUCUUCCUCUACUUACGUCCUUUCUUCUGUUUAAUAUUCUUUCCUUCUUAUUUUCAUUUCUUCUGUCUUUCUCUCUCUCUUUCUUUUUACCACUCUUCCUUUCUUUAUUAUCUUCUCGCUUACUCGUUUUUCUCUCUUUUCUUUUUUUUUACCUCUCUUCAUUUAUUCUCCAUCUUUUUCAUUCUUCCUUUUUUUUCUCUCUUUCUAUUCGCAUCUUCCUUUCUUCUUUGUAUAUCGUUUUCUUUCACUGUCUCUUUUCUCCUCUCUUUUUUUCUGUUUCUGUUUUUCUUACUGCUUUUUAUUUCUCUUUCUUUUUAUCUUCACUUUCAUUCAUUUCUCUCACUCUCACUCUCUCUCUCUCUCUCUCGCCCCUCAACUCUCUUCAUUUUUCUCUCUUUAACGCUCUUAAUUUGUUUCUCUUUCUUUUUAUCACCCUUCUUUUCUUUCUCUUUGUCUCUCAUCUUUCUUCUUUUUCUCUUUCUAUACCUUUCUCUCCUUAACCCUACUCAUUCCUUCCCUCUAUCAUUAUCUCCAUUUAUCCCCUCUUUCUCUCUCUCUUUCUCUUUCUCUCUCUCUCUCUUUAUCUAUCUAUCUAUCUAUCUAUCUAUCUAUCUAUCUAUCUAUUUCUCUCUGAUAUACAGAAUCUGUCCUUCUUUCAUUGUUCGUUUUCUCCCUCUUGAUCAUCCGCUCCUUCAACACGCAAAUCCUCUUCCCCGACUUUUGUAG